AUGCCUUACAGAGCGAGGAUUUCGCUGGUCUCACGGAGUGACAUUCGAUAUGUUGGGACAUUACAUGAAAUCAACUCAGAAAACUCGACCGUCGCUCUCGAGAAUGUCACCUCCUACGGCACAGAAGGGCGGAAGAACAACCCUGAAGAGGAGAUCCCGCUGUCCGACAAUGUCUACGAAUACAUUGUGUUCCGUGGCAGCGAUGUGAAGGAUUUGAGGGUCGAGGAGCCCCCUGCAGCCAAGGAAAACAAGCCUCCACAGGUCCCUAAUGAUCCUGCUAUUCUUGGAAGCGGAUCCCGUCCUACACCCCAGACCUCACAGCGUCAAGGGCAACAGCUUCCGCCAGCUCUUCUGCAACACCCUCAAGAAUCAGGACCUAAGGUGCCACGUUCUCAGCAGCAAGGUCCCCAGCAGCAAGGUCCUCAGCAGCAAGGUCCUCCCAAUGGCCCUCCUUUCCCCCAACAUCCUGGAUAUCCACCGCACUUCUAUCCUGGCCCACAAGGAUGGGGUCGUGGUGGUCCUCCGGGUCCCGGCGGAUUUCCUGGUAUGCCUCCGUAUGCUGGCCCACCAGGCUGGUAUCCUCCACCAGGACAAGGCUUUCCACAAGGUCCUCCCGGUCCGUUCCCUCCUUAUGGCUACCCACCAGGGCCUCCAAAUCAGCAAUUCCAAGCCCAAGGCCCCAUGCCAGCACCAAUUGGCCCAGGCGCAAAUAAGCCAUCUACAUCACCCUCUGCUGGCCAUCCAAAUGACAAGCAAGCUGAGCCCAAGAGCUUAGCAAGACCUGCUGCAGAAAUGGCUGCUGCGUCAGUUCAAAAGCCUCCAACGCCACCCGCUGCAUCUAAGCCAUCUCCUACUGAAGUUCAAGCUGCUGUCUCAAAACCAUCGACUGCUCAAAUCGCCGCAAGUGCCGCAAGUGCCGCAGCUGGACCAAAGUCAAGUGCCGCCAAAAACAAUAAUAUCGUCCAGCCUGCUAUCCCGAACCUCAUUGGGGUCAAGGCACCACUGAGUCGAAGGUCUGGCAAUGUCCCUACCUCACAAGUUGGUGCACCCAGCUUGAAAGAUGCAACUGAAGCUGCGACGGCGGCAGUUGCUGCGGCCAUGGCAAAACUUCCUCCUGCUGGACAGUCAAAUGGUAACGCCGUUGAUAACCUGACGAGACAAGUCAACGAAAUGAGAACGAAUGAUACAACUCGUGCUCCACGCCAGCCUAGUGGUGGUGCCGGAUUCAACCACACCAGGGGGCAGAGAGGUGGACGAGGUGGAGCAGGUGGAGCUCGACCUGCGGAAAAGAAGGUCGAGGUUCCAGCUACUGAUUUCGACUUCGAAUCUUCCAACGCAAAAUUUAACAAGCACGAUUUGGUCAAGGAAGCAAUUGCUGGCGACGUUGUCGGGUCGCCUGUUGGAGAAACGCCAUCAGCUGCAUCCCCUGAUGCAGAGGUUCCAGUUGGAGGCUACAACAAAUCUACAUCGUUCUUUGAUAAUAUCUCUUCAGAGAGCAAGGAUCGUGCUGAGUCCAACAAUGUUCGGCCAGGUGGACGAGAAUGGCGCGGAGAAGAACAGAAGAAGAACGUCGAGACAUUCGGGCAAGGGAGCGUCGAUAAUGGCUAUAGAGGUGGAUAUCGUGGUCGAGGCCGUGGCCGUGGAGGCUACAGAGGUGGCCGAGGGUAUGCAGCAAACGGUCAGACAGGCCGAGGACGUGGGGGAUAUCGCGGUGAUCGCGGCGACGCCCAACAGAUAGUGCAGUAA